GACUUAACCCAAUACGGCCCACCCGCGGUUAGUUUCAGGGGUCGGGUCAGUUCCGGUCGUAGAAUAUUGAUGAUAGAGCAAAUCUCCAAUCAAGGUUCCAUGGACCGUCGUUCCAUGGUUUCAUGAGCGCAUCGCAACAUUCAUGUCUAGCUGAGCUCAGUCGUUUCGGGAGCAGAAGCAGAUAUGGCGUCGUUGAUAUGCCACUGCCCCUGCCCCUGUUCAAGUUUUUCGUACCCUCUCUCCAUCAAGCGUUCGGGACUUGGGAAGUCGCAAGGAGGAAGAGCAGCUUUGAGGCAGCCAGUGCGGACCGGCAAUUCUGCGUCAGCCCUGACAAUAGAUGCCUGCCACUCUAAGCGGACCGCUAGUCCGCGCAAUUCACACGAAGGCGCAUGUUCGGAAAAUGGUUUUGAAAUUCAACGCCGGGAAGCAGUUUUGAUGGGUCUGGCGGCAAUUUUCUCAGGAACUAUCUCGCCGUUUGCAGCAAAUGCAGAGUCCGCAGGAGCCACGGACUUGGUACAGACGGAGCCCGGGUCGACUUCCGUGCAAGUGGAUGUGCUGAAUGCGUAUUCGUAUGUGUAUCCGACCUCUUUGGGCAAUAGCGGGCCGACCACACUCAGAUGGGUUGAGUCGAGGAAGCCAGAGCGCUACUCGUCAGCAGCACCACUUGCACCGGAUGCAAGACAACGCAUAGUCUCGGAGCGUAUUGAUUUCAGGAAUAAUGUUGUGGUUUCUGUUUCGGUCGGUCCGCCGAACUUCAUGAUUCUGAAGUCAAACGAGACACGGGAUUGGGAAGCUAAAGAUGUUGCUCGUUCAGUUCUUGCAGACAAGUCUACCUCGCGCAUGACUACUGGCCAAAGGGUUGCAGAAAUUACUAUUUUGAACUCCCAUACCGAGGAGAAGGAUGGCAUGAGAUAUUGGUACUAUGAAUACUUGGUGCAAAAGUCUCCCACGGUCACGCAAGGAGGCUUGGAUGUGUUUCGACACUCAAUCGCAGUCACCGCCGAGAGGGAAGGCUACCUUUAUUCUUUGAACGCUUCGACUUUGGAUACAAAUUGGGAUAAGAUGUCUACUGCAUUCAAGCAAGCAAUAUCUUCAUUUCAGCUGCUUCCCGUCACUGAAGAGUACGUGCCACCGUACAAGGAUCCAUGGCGGUUCUGGUAGUUGGCAGCCCUUUUAGCUCUCUCUUCGACGAUGCCUUCUGGAUGCGGACUUCUGAUGUAGGGCACUAAUUACGUACUGAAAGAGUCGUGCCCACUUCGCCCUCUGUAAUUAGAGAAAAUUUUGCCUCAGGCCUGAGCUAAUUGUUGUCCAUUCAAUUCGUUGCGUCAUGGAGUACGUGUAUUGACGCAUAGAUGCUCAUUAUUGUGAGCUACUCUUGUAACCUACCUUACAAUAGUCUGCGGACGGCUUCCGUGGUUUCUUAGAAGGUCAGGCAUUUUUCUGUACCUUCGGAUAAUAUGUGGCAGUGGAUCACAUGAAAGUCAAGUUUCGGCUGGGAUUUGCUGUUGGUUGAAAGUGGACCC